UUAAAGUGAUAAAUAAAUAUCCUCAGUUGCCCUUAAGGGUUGAUCCAUGAUGACUAGCUGAACAGCAAAAAAAAAAAAAAAAACAGGAUAGACACAACUUCAUUUGGCAGCUGUGUAAUGAAAGGUUCAGAUACGUUUGGCAAAUAUUAAAGGUUACAAGUUUCAGCUUUAAUGCUUAAAGUGUGCAGGAUUUAGGGCGAUCUACUAGCAGAAAUGGAAGGUAGUAUUAAUAAUUAUGUUUUCAUCAGAGUAUUACAACCUGAACCUUUCAUUAGCUUAGAAUGAGCCCUUCAUACACAGACUGUUCCUACAGACAAAAUGGACAUUCCUAGUUUGGAGUGUGGAGCAAGGAAAAUUUAUAGAUUUAGAAAAUGUUGUAACUACAUUGCCCCCAUAUACGGACAUAUUUUCCAACAACUACUUCCUGUUCAAAGGCACGGUUUAGGUUUAGUUUUACUUAUUAGGUCCUACUAAUCUCAAAUAGCCAGAGGAAUUAAAAAUACAAACAAUCGAGAGCAACUGGGAUAGUCCAAAAUGCAGACAUCACACACUCUUAUUGACAGUCGCUUUGGACUAAAGCAAAUUGAUGCAAUAAAAUGUAACAGCAGUGUAAUGAAUAAUAACAUGCUUUGCACCCAUGAACUGGUAAAGGAUCCAGGCUGCCGUAUUUGUUCCACACAAAUGUGAAAUGGGGCUGGGCUUGGAAGGUGUUUUAAAAACCAUCAGGGCCAAGUCAGAUGUCAGUGCACCGCUGAGAGCCUGCCAGAGAGCAUUUUACUGUCUCCUCAUCUACUAUUACAAAUAAAAUUCUGGAAAGAUGACAGAAGAGGUUAAACAACCUAUCCUAAAGGAAGUGGACCUCCACAUUAAGACCAACAACACUGAACACCACACCAGUGAAAUCUCAGAGGAACAGCUGAUCGUGAGACGAGGCCAGCCCUUCACUCUGACCCUUAAACUGACUCAACCUUUCAACCCCGACCUCCACCCACUCACCAUCAUCGCAGUGACGGGUGAACUUCCAUCUGAGAACGUGGGGACAAAGUCAUGCUUCGGUAUUCCAGACAGCGUGAAGCGUUCACCAUCGGCAAAGGCAGUAUGGAAGGUUGAGCUUCACAAGAACUCCUCCUCACUAACAGGCGUCUUGAUUUUGAACAUUACCCCCCCUGCUGUCAGCCCCAUAGGAGAGUACGAGCUGUCUGUGAAACACAGGGAAGAGGAGACAUCACUGGCAACACUGGUGGUGCUCUUCAACCCCUGGUGUCCUGAUGACUCUGUGUUUCUGCCUGAUGAGAAGGAAAGACAGGAGUAUGUGAUGAAUGAACAAGGAACCAUCUACAGAGGAAGUCAUAAUUACAUCAGCUCUAUGUCCUGGGACUUUGGACAGUUUGAGGACAACAUGGUGAAGAUUUGUCUGGCCAUACUGGAUGUCAACUACAAACACAUGGAAGACCCAGCUGAAGAUGUUUCUGCUCGCUGUGACCCCAUCUACGUCGGCCGCGUAGUCAGUGCCAUGGUCAACUGUAUGGAUGACUUUGGAGUCCUGAACGGACGUUGGGGAGGGCCAUACGACGACGGGUUCGCACCCUCUCACUGGAGCGGCAGCCACGCCAUCCUUAAUCGCUGGUUUACUGAGUGCUACCCAGUCAAGUACGGGCAGUGCUGGGUGUUCGCUGGCGUGAUGUGCUCAGUGAUGCGUCUGUUGGGCAUCCCCUGCCGCGUUGUCACCAACUUCACGUCAGCUCACGACAACAACAUGAACCUGACCAUUGACAAGUACCAUGCCGACCAUGGUGUCGAAAAGAAAGAAACUGGGGACAGUAUUUGGAACUUCCAUGUGUGGGUGGAGGGGUGGAUGAGACGUCCAGACUUGGCAGAGGAUGGUAAAUAUGAUGGCUGGCAAGUUCUGGAUCCAACACCACAGGAGAUGAGCGAUGGUCUUUACUGCUGCGGUCCAGCCCCAGUCAAAGCCAUCCUGAACGGAGACACCCAUCUCAAAUACGAUGUCCCAUUUGUCUUCGCUGAGGUCAAUGCUGACUGUGUUGACUGGCUGGUCCUAGCUGAUGGUUCAGAGGUGAAAAUGUCCUCUGACACUAAGAGAGUUGGUAAGAAUAUCUCAACCAAAGCUGUCGGCUCCGACGAGAGGUUGGACAUCACUCACACCUACAAACACAAAGAAGGCACAGAGAAGGAGAGAGAGGUCUUUGAAUAUGCCACCAGCAGAGACUUCAACAAUGAGUAUGAAAUGGAGACAGAGGAAAACCCUCCACCGCCAGAAGUGUUCAUGCAAUUUGAAGAGGUGUCCAAGCCGAUGGACGGUAAGGAUGUGAGCCUGAGGUUGGUGCUGCACAGUGAGAGCAGUGUCGCCAGGCCGCUGUCCAUCAACAUCAGUGUCCAGGCCAUGAAGUACAACGGCUCACCUGCUGCAAACAUCCAGACUGAGCUGAAGGAGGAGACACUGGAGCCUGGGAAAGAGCUGUCCAUCCCUGUCCUGGUCCCGUUCUCGGUCUACCAUAAACACAUGGUGGAAAGUGACAGUAUGAACAUUUCAGCUGUGGUCACAGACAAAGAGAAGCCAGAAAACACAUACCUGGCUGUGGACGACAUUGUGCUGCAGGACCCUCCCAUCUCCCUCACCGUUCCCAGUGAGGUCAAACUGUACCGCGAGGCAAGUGGGGAGGUGGUUUUCAUGAACCCAGUCGAUGAGACUCUGACGAACUGCACUCUGACUUUCUCUGGAAGUGGCCUGUAUAAAGAGGAGGCUGAAAUCAAGCCUCCAAAUCUGCUGCCAAACAAAGAACUACGUGUCAAGUUCUCCUUUGUUCCCUACAAGACCGGAAAGAAGACUCUCAUAAUCGACUUUGACUGCUCCACCUUCAGAGACGUCAAGGCCAGCCACACUGUCAACGUCACACCAUAAAUUCUCAGUAUCACAGAGCAACAGUUAUAUACUGACUUUACUUAAUUUGGCGAUUCUCAAAAGAGAGAGUAAAACUUUAGUUUUUGUUUUCAAUCAAAUGUGGGUGCAGGGUGUAAAAACAUUAGCCAGCUAUACAGCAAACUGCUGUGAGCUUAAGUCAUACCAUUUAAUUACAUAUAACAUUAAAAUAACAUUAACAUUUUUUUUUUUUUGGACAAAAACAAGUAAAUAAAUUAUUGAACAAUUACCUUUAAUCCACUCUGUGAGUUCAGAGCCUGGAAGAUGUUUGGAUCAGGCAGUCAAUUUUCUGGAUGGAGAAUGGAGAUUAAAAAGUCUCAGACCCCCAACAGCACAAAACAUGCAUUGGCAUCAUCAAGGUGAUAUGGUGUCCCAUUCCCAUUUAUACUCUGUACUGUAAACCUCAGCUUUUACAAAGGUCCAACCAAAGCUGGUGUUAAAGUGCCUCCUUAGGAUUCAAAAGAGCCCAACUGUUGUGUGAGCUUCACUGUGUCGUGUCAGUUUCAUUUAGACAGUUUCAUGUUGGUUUUAAUAGAUGUAUCGAAAAAAAACGCACAAAUAAAAUGUAAAAUCUAAA